GAAUGAUUUUAUAUCGUUUUACUGCCUUUUGUAUGAAUAAUUAAAAUUAGUGUUUAAUAGUGUGAUAGGACUGACUAAUUAUUUGAUUUUAAUAUGCCGACGGUAUUUACGAGUACAACUACAGAAAAAGAAGGGGUGUUCAGUGUUGAGAAAAAUGGAUACGUCAAACCUGAGACCAAAGAAUACAUCAAAGAUAAGUUUUUCGUAGUCCGAAUUCUCUUUUUUACAAUGGGUUUAGUCCAUUUCGUUCCGUUGACGUUCUUCACCACAGCAAACGAUUAUUGGAUGUACAAAUUCAGAGAUACGUCACAAGAAGAAUACAACAAUACUCAGAAUCGAACAUCUUUACAAUCGCAUUUUGCUGCUGCCACUACAAUUGCCACAAAUGUACCUUUAAUUAUAUUCGUUUUGUUGACCACCACUUAUGGACAUCACGUAAAAGCAAAACUUAGAGUUUACGUGGCCAUAGGACUUAUGCUCAUGUGUUUUGUCAUUUCUACCAUAUUUAUCAAUCUCGACACUGAUUCAUGGCAAACAUGGUUUUACAUGUUAUCUUUGCUCCUCAUAACAAUAAUCAACUCUGCCAGAGCAAUAUACAGAAUAAGCAUCUUCGAAAUAAUAUCGAAGUUCCCUCAGGUGUCGGUGGCGUGGUUCCUGGCCGGCGAAGGUCUGGCAGGAAUUUUCAAUUCCAUCCUGCAAAUCAUUUCGCUGGCGAUAGGUACGUCGACGACAACCAGCGCCUUAAUCUACUUCAUAUCCGGCUGUGCCGUCAUGCUUUUCGCCAUGGUCCUGUACAGCUUCACGGAACGUGUCACCUACUACAAGCACUUCAUUGUGCCCUUCGCGAAGCCCAAAUGCAAAAAGAGCGUUGGAUUUAAAGAGUUCGUUGAGAACUCCAAGCUGAUUUGGUCCAGCAUCGUUAUUAUUUUGUUUUUGUACAUAGCCCAACUUGUUACUAGUCCGUCCAUUACUUCGUUGGUCAAGUCAGAAUACGCAGGAUCUGGACCGUGGAGUGAUCUGUAUUUCGUGCCCGUGGUAACGUUUUUGUUGAACAACGUGUGUGAUUUUCUCGGCAGGACAAUCUCAUCUAAAAUUAAUAAAACUUUGAAUGGAACCCUGAUUACAAUAAUAAUGUUUUUACGUAUGGUUAUUUUCGUGCCAUUCUUCAUGAUGUGCAACGCACAACCAAGACAUCAUCUGCCUGUGAUAUUCAACCACGAUUACCAAUACAUUAUUAUAGUGAUUGUCUUUGGCUUGUCCAGUGGUUACUUCUUUAAUUUAGCUUUUAUGAGCAUACCCAGUUUGGUGCCAAAAGAAGAAACAGAAUGUGCUUACCACGUAUUGGUGAUUUAUGUUGGGAUUAUUGGAGCCGCCUUCUCAGUGUUAAGUUUCUUCUCCGUUGAUGUUAUAUAAAUUGGGCUGACAAACAAGUAUCUUUUAAGUUACCACCCUGAGAUUAAGUCAUUGAAUAUGUGAUAAAGUCACUGCUUCGUCACCUUUAACUGUUUUAGAUUAAGUUUCAAAAUCUAGUUUUUUAUAUUCUAUUAAUAUUUUAUUUUAUUUUCUAUUGAUGUAUAAACAUGUA